AUGUCGCUCUCGAUAGCACAGCCCGCAGAUCCCCAGAUCCCAACACCAACCCCAGACCAGCAAGAUUCCAAACCCCAAAAAUCCCAGAAAGCCCCGACACCCACACUACCUACAGCGCAAACCAAAAAAUAUCUCCACCGCAUCUCCCUGCACCCAACGCUAACCCCCUACCGUCGGCGCGUAUAUCGGACGCUCCUCUCCGUCCCACCAGGCCGGUGGACUACGUACUCGGCGAUGGCAACAUACCUAGGCUCCAGUGCGCGGGCGGUUGGCAAUGCGAUGCGCAGUAACCCCUUUGCGCCGGAGGUGCCGUGUCAUCGGGUGCUUGCAGCGGAUGGGUCGUUGGGUGGGUAUAAGGGGGAGUGGAAGGUUGAUGGGCAUAAAGGUGGCGGUGGGUUUUGCGAGGAGAAGAGGCUGAGGCUCGAGGAAGAGGGGGUUGUAUUUUUGGAUGGGAAGGUUAGGGGGGUUUGUUUUAAGGAGUUUGUGGAUUUGGGGGCUAAGUGA